UUCGUUCAAUACAACGCUACGCUAGAAGACAAGCUAGUUAAUUUGUUGCUAACAGUUUUGUGCUGUAUGUCUAGAGAUAUUUAGACUAGUAUUCAUGAAAGCUCGCAGGCCAAUUGCUGUGAGCAUUUUUCUAGAAAAACCCACUCUUUGGAAAAUGGAAUGUUAUGAAACAGCCACUAAAGAAAACUAAGAGCAGAUAAAGUUAUUUUACAGCGAACUGAAAAUGAACGGACUGUGUAGAGGUGAGUUUACCCCAAUUUAACGCGUUUCAGGAGCUGGAGUUGGUUACGUGGAGGGCUUGAACGUUAUAUAUAUGUUGAUUUCGUGAAAAUCAACUAAGCGAAACUAAUGGAAAAGAAUAGAAACCUGUCAAAAACGUAGCUUCGAAAACAAUCUGUCAGUGUAAAUGCUACAGUGGUCAAUGGUCAACCUCGAUUUCUCGAAGCAUAUGCCAUGUAAAAUUUACUCAGCCCUGUAAUCCCGUCGUAAAUUCUUCAAAAACUUUCUGUUCCAUCACCUACUAAUUCUUGAGGCAGACGUUUCACUUGAUUGCCCAAAUUAAUUCUUCAAAAUCCUGAAAAUCAUUUAAACAAAACGAAUGGAAAGAAUAGAAAACUAUCGAACAGUAUUAAAAUACUCUCAAGCUGACUUCUAAUCCUCCUCUAUCCCUUUUCUUACUCAUGUUUCAAGGAAAUUCUUGAUAAAUAUUGCUUAUUGAGGCUUCUCAGUUCCUCCUUUCGCAUGGCCCGUAAAAUUAAUCAAGCCCAACGAAAACAGAUUGUUCCCGAAGACACUGCCCUGAAGACUGUUCCAUGGCUGUGUCGUGCAUUAAACACCAACUGAAGCUUUUGUUUCUUGUAUGUGCUUGUCAGUAUCUCAUCUGUUUAUGUAACAAGAUAGAUUCCUAAGCUUUAACGACUUAAAAGUGACUUAAAACGAUAGAGCAGGUUGUUUAAUGAGAAGAUUAAUUCAAUACUGCUUUGUUGUUUGUCAAUUUACACUUGUUUAGACAACGGGCUGUUUAUCAAGGUUUGUGUCUGAGUGUGAAUCUCGCGCGGGCCGUGAAUUUUAACCCUCGCGAUGAAUGUGUGCUUUGCGGCUGUCCGAUCGUUCGCGCACUCGGGAAGAAGAGAGAUAGCCGACCUUUGCGACAAGAUUGACUAUAAGAAAAUAUGGAGCCCGGAAAGACUCGCCUGAUCGUAAGUUACAUUAGUUUUUUCUGUAUACGAGCAAAAAAAAUAAAAUAAAAUAAAAUAAAACAAAAAACCUAUUUUCCUCUCAGUGUAUUUAUAGCUAUUUUCAUUCACAUUUCACACUAGCUACAAAAAAACAGAUUAGAGGGAAUUUUUUUACGCAUGACGAACGUCAUUUAACAGGUUUCUCGGCAACGUUCAAAUGACAUCGUUCUUCAUUCCACUUUUCGUAAUUUUUUCUUUAGCCUCGUAUAUUAUUUCUUUUACAACUUCGUAUCCAGGGCCAUCAUUGAAAGACCGUAGUGAUAAGACCGUGUUUUUGCCGAGGAAUGCGAGAUUUAGUUUGUAACUUUUCCAAAUAACAAUCCCCUAACAUGACCGUAGCAUCGAUCGUCAACGGUGGUAAAAAUUGCUAUUUUUAAGCGCGAAAAUUUUGUUGUUCUCAGAACCACUCGAGUUUUCUUUGCCGGCGGGUCCUGAAUACAAGUUGAGAAGGGUGCGUGGGCGCAGUUUGAUUUAAGUUCCCUACCAUGUCUUCUUUAAAAACAAAAAGGACAAAAAGUGGGAAUAGUUUCCUUUAUUGAGGAGGUAUGCGAAAAAGAAAACAUUUUGUUUCGCAUAUUCAUUUGGAUAAAGGACGGCAAGUUCAAAGCGGAAUGCUCUGUGAUUGUAAGACUUAGCUUUUGAACACCCAAACAUUCCCUGAUGACUGAGGUCUUGAUUCAACUGAUGACUGGUUGUGAGGCAGUCACCCUUUGCUUGCUUCAUUCUACAGAAGACGACUUUUUGAUUUCCCAUAAAAUAAUUUGUAUAUUUCUCGCUCGUAAAUAAGGAAUAUGGAUUUUAUAGUCAGCCUGUCAUUAUGUUUAAACAUGCGUUUGGCUUACUAAUGGGGGAUUUCCGUUUUGAUAACAAGAUAUUUUCCUGCGUAGGUAUAGCGCAUAAUUCAGCGGUGAAAAAUAGGCAUGUCCCCAUGGAAAAGAAUAAUAUCAUUGCUUUAUCAGUGAAAUAUCACUUUUGCCAGACUUUUGGGGAAUCUCAACAAGAUCCGUAAAUUAUUGUUUUAUCUAUGAAAAAAGGCCACAAGCCACAAAGGGCAAAACAUUGGAAGUUCUAGUUAGCCCUCGACAAACAAUCCUGUUUUUAAUAAAAUUCACAGAUCAAUCUUACUUUGUCCCUAACAAUACUUUUAACAAGUCUCAGAAAUUUUAUUCUUUAAGAUAAUGCCUGCUACGAACCAGGUGAAGAUUAUUCUGCCUGCGUAGCUCUGGGACAAGCAUAACUGAUAAUUAUUUCAUGGCUUCAUACGAAAUAUCAGAAUAUUGCGAAUUGUUUAGGCUCGUGGAGAGAUUUUGGAUCGGCGAUAUCAAAACCAGAUGUUUUCUUCUCGUAUCAAUUCUUGAAAUAUACCGAAUUUAUUGCCAAUGAAAACAGUCAUUUUCAUUAGUCCACUCGGGUGAUUUUUUCCCCUCCUAUUUAUAACAAUCAGUGACUUUCUCCAGGCCGUUCCUAUUUUAAACUGAUGCAGCAUUUUUUCGCAAAGAUACUAGCUUGUUAUAUAUUUUUUUUAUUAAAAGAUUCCGCAGAUGCACGCUUUCUUGCCGUAUUUAUGUCUUAUAAAUGAUUUAUACCCCCACACUUUGAAGUAAAAGUUUCACCGGAUUUUAUCGAUCCCUUGAAGGUCUGAAGUUUUCUUUUAAACAUGCACAAAUAAAGUAAAAAGUAAUAAAAUCGACGAAAGAUUACAAACUACAUUAUGUUAUGAUUGUGUUUAUCUGCAUCUAUUGAACAAAAGCUCCGAGAGUCAAAGCCGAUAUCCGCAUUCAUUUUCCAAAAUUGGCGAGCAUGUCAUAGGAUUUACUUUGAUCGGAAAAGCGUCUUAACUUAAUUUACACCUAAAUCACAACGUUCAUCAACGAAAGAAUUUGCAUUUUAAAACCGAGCCUUUGUAAACAUCUCACAAACAUAUAAUGUUGCAGAUUUUUUGUUUUCAGUUCUUGUUUUGUUUCGAUCGCCUUUCAAGUAAUGCGCCUCUUUCUGGCAGACUCCGCGGCUAGCUGUCAGGAGGGUUUUCAUCUCUAAGAAGGAUUAAUCAUCUCGCUGAAAGGCAAAACUUAAAAAGCCCUUAAAAGUGACCGGCGCUAAUCAAGUGUAAAAGCCCACUUUACGGCCUGGAAGUUCGCCGUUUGUCAAGAGCCGCAUAGCUUUCUUUCCGCGGUCUUCUUCUUGUGGCACGUCAUGAUCAACGAAACUCUACCGGCAUCUGGCGUGCCGACUGCGCUAACGACUCCAGAUUACCCGUCUUGCCCAGACCCGAAUUCCAACAAGUAUGUGAAAGGCAUCAAAGCAGCUGCCUAUAUUUUAGUGAUGUUGCUCUCUCUGUUUGGAAACGCCAUGGUGGUCCGCGUCGUUCACAAAAACCGACGAAUGCGAACUAUUUCAAACUACCUGAUCAUCAAUAUGGCUCUGGCCGACCUCUUGACCACCGUCUUCAACAUGCUACCCACAACGUACUGGAUUUUUCAAGGGCUGGAUGUGUGGGCUGUGGGCGGCUGGAUAGGAGAGGUGCUUUGCAAGCUACUCAACUUCACGCAGUCCCUCUCCAUCUCGGUUUCUGUUUUCACGCUUUGCGCGAUCGCGUUCGAUCGCUUUUUCGCCAUUUUCAGGCCGUUAAAACGCGUCAUUACGUUUCGCGUUGCUAAAGGUAUCAUCGCAGCAUCGUGGUUGUCAUCUAUCAUAAUUUCAGGCCCUCAACUUUACGUUUUGGGUAUAACUGGUGAGAAAGGCGUCGCCCAGUGCGUGGAAACCUGGGAUCCUCCGUUUGAUGAAGCUAAAGCUCCGAGAGAUUACACCAUCGCGCUGUUUUUUCUGCUUUACGCCUUGCCUUUGACGGUGAUUGCCUCUCUUUACUCGGUGAUCAUGAUGAAAUUGUGGCGAAGGCAAGCACCUGGGCAAGAACUCUCUUCAAAUCAAGAAAACAAAGACAAGACCAACAGGAAAGUUCUGAAGAUGCUCGUCACGGUUGUCAUCGUGUUCGCGUUAUCCUGGCUUCCGUUAUACGUGAGAAUGUUCGUGAUGUUCGCCGAAUCGGUUCGUUAUAUUUGCGGUCUGCCAUACGCAAUGGAUUUUCUCACUCUCUAUCUCGGACAUGCUAACUCAGCAGUGAAUCCCUACAUUUACGUAAUUUUCAACGAGAAUUACAGAAGGGGUUUCAGAACUGCGCUGUCUCGGCGUCAGCGAGGAAGCAGCCGCAUCUCUGAAAGUACACGCAGAACCAGAUCAAGCCGGCUGCAUGCAGACAAAAAUGCGAGUCUCCUACGCGCGGAUUUACGUGACAAUAACAAAGCAGCUUUGCGAUUCAACAAGAAACACAACGAAAACGCAUUGUUGCCCAUGACUACGACGACAGAAAACCUUUAAUUUUUUUCAGUGUAACGGUAAGAAUCAUUGCUUUCGCUUCAGGGCACGUUAAUUUAACAGAACUUGGCACUUUGAACAAUAAGCAACGCACCGAAGACAAAUGAUCUGAUUGACCUGCAGGGCUAAUAUCGUCGCCGACGGGAAAAGAGCGAAACGAUAGCGAAACUGUAACGAUAAUCGUUUACAACACUGAUAAGAAGUGCUUAAUUAAUUACGGAAUUGAAUUUAAUAUCCGAUCGCAUUUAAAAACAAAGUUUUAAUUUCGGAGAUGUCUCCUCGUAAUUAGCACGCUGCUAAAAAGUCAUGAACGAAUCAUUGAGAUAAAUGGUUUCUUUACGUAGAGACGAUAAGCAAAUUUUCCACUUUUACCAGUUAAUUGACAACUUUCUGAAUAAUUAGGCUGCAAUGUGUAUAUGUUAUGAACUUCUGGUCUUGACCUGUAAUAAAAUAUGAAGAUAACAAGCCUUAUGAAAUCUCAACAGAUU